AUGGCGUCAAAACGCAAGGCAUCCGCUAUGAAUGCGGCCGCCGCGGACGAGCCGGUCGAUCCUUCUGAUGAGCUUGUCUUUCUCUGUUUAGGUGGCGGAAAUGAGGUCGGAAGAUCAUGUCAUAUUAUUCAGUACAAGGGAAAGACGGUCAUGCUCGACGCUGGCCAGCAUCCUGCCUACGAUGGUCUUGCUGCGCUCCCCUUCUACGACGAUUUCGAUCUAAGUGCAGUCGACGUGCUACUUAUCAGCCAUUUCCACAUCGACCACGCUGCGUCUCUACCAUAUGUUUUAGCAAAGACGAAUUUUCGAGGACGAGUGUUCAUGACACACCCGACAAAGGCAAUUUACAAGUGGCUUAUCCAAGAUAGUGUUCGCGUGGGCAACACGUCGGCAAAUCAGACCACACAGCCGCUCUACACUGAGCAGGAUCAUUUAAAUACAUUCCCACAAAUCGAAGCCAUCGAUUACCACACGACACAUACAAUAUCCUCCAUCCGAAUCACGCCAUACCCUGCGGGCCAUGUGCUGGGUGCUGCCAUGUUCCUCAUUGAAAUCGCAGGGCUCAAUAUAUUCUUCACGGGCGAUUACUCCCGAGAACAAGACAGACAUCUGGUCUCCGCUGAAGUCCCCAAGGGUGUCAAGAUCGACGUCUUGAUUACAGAAUCUACAUACGGCAUCGCAUCGCAUGUACCUCGCCUGGAACGUGAACAGGCUCUCAUGAAGUCCAUUACAAAUAUCUUGAACAGAGGAGGCCGCGCCCUUUUGCCAGUCUUUGCCCUGGGCAGAGCUCAAGAGCUUCUCUUGAUUUUGGAUGAGUACUGGGGAAAGCAUUCUGAAUUUCAAAAAUACCCCAUAUACUACGCAAGUAACUUGGCAAAGAAGUGUAUGAUCAUUUACCAAACCUACGUUGGCGCCAUGAACGAUAAUAUCAAGCGACUAUUCAGGGAACGCUUGGCGGAAGCAGAAUCGUCUGGAGAGGCUGGAGCCGGUGGUCCUUGGGACUUCAAGUACAUUCGCUCGCUGAAGAACCUGGACCGCUUCGAUGAUGUCGGUGGCUGCGUCAUGCUCGCCAGCCCGGGUAUGCUACAAAACGGCGUGAGCCGCGAAUUAUUUGAGCGAUGGGCGCCGAAUGACAAGAAUGGUGUCAUUAUUACUGGUUAUAGUGUGGAAGGCACCAUGGCACGCCAGAUUAUGAAGGAGCCGGAACAGAUUCAAGCCGUCAUGUCGCGGAGCAUUGCCGGCGCGCGACGAGCGCCGGGAGGAGACGGCGAGAAAGUCAUGAUUCCGUUACGAUGCAGCGUGCAGGAGUAUUCCUUUGCCGCGCAUGUCGAUGGUGUCGAGAAUCGCGAGUUUAUCGAAGAAGUCGCGGCACCAGUAGUGAUUCUGGUGCAUGGCGAGCAGACGAACAUGAUGCGCCUAAAGUCAAAGCUCCUAUCGCUUAAUGCCAACAAGUCAGUCAAGGUCAAGGUUUACUCGCCCCGCAACACAGAAGAGCUGCGCAUCCCCUUCAAGGCCGACAAGAUUGCCAAGGUCGUGGGCAAGCUCGCAUCCAUCCCGCCGCCACGCCCCAUUGCCCCGUCCGACGACCCCGACGCCAGCGCGGCCGGCGGCCCCCUCGUCUCGGGCGUCCUGGUGCAAAAUGACUUCAAGCUGUCCCUCAUGGCACCAGAAGACCUCCGCGAAUACGCAGGCCUCAACACCACCACAAUUCUCUGCCGACAGCGGCUGACACUGAGCGCCGCGGGCACCGACCUCGUCAAGUGGGCGCUCGAGGGCACAUUUGGCACGGUCGAGGAGCUGCCCGAGAUGCGCAACGCACCGGCAGCCGCGCGCAAGGCCCCCGAGAGCAGCAAGGCCAUCGAAGAGGGUGCCAACGAGGACGAGGACGAUUACAAUCCGGAGCAGGAGGAGAAGGAGGAGGAGGAGGAGGAGGAAGAGGCCGACGAGGAGAUUGCCCGGCUCGUGGCGGCGUACCUCGUCAUGGGCUGCGUGACGGUGCGCUACCGCAACAACGGCGAGGUCGAGCUCGAGUGGGAGGGCAACAUGCUCAACGACGGCAUCGCCGACUCGGUCAUGGCCGUGCUCUUUUCCGUCGAGAGCUCCCCCGCCGCCGUCAAGAAGUCCUCUGGCAAGUGCAGCCACUCGCAUUCGCCCCCGGAGACGUCGUCGUCGUCGUCGCGGCCGGACAGCAACCCCCACGCACACGCCUCGCCGCAGGACCGCCUCGAGCGGCUCCUCUGGUUCCUCGAGGCCCAAUUUGGCGCCGACAAUGUCGCCCCCGUCGAAACGCCCCGUCUGCCCGCCCUACCUGCUCUGCCCUCUCCGCCCCCCGACGAUGAUGCGGAGCCCAAGCCAGAGGCCGACGCCGACGCCAUGGAUGUCGAGGAAGACGGCCAGCAGCAGCAGGAGGAGCGCCAGCGGAGAGAGCUCGAGCGCCUGCACAGGCUAGGCAUCCCGGUGCCCGGCGUCUCGAUCAAGGUGGACAGCAUGACGGCGACGGUGUGGCUCGAGGACCUCGAGGUGGAGAGCAACAAGCCCGUGUUUGCGGACCGCGUGCGUGCGGUUGUCGAGCGCGCGGUGGAGGUGACGGCGCCGCUGUGGGGCUGA